CAAGGUUCGAGGCGUCAUCGAAACAGCGGCGGCGGCGGCGGGGAGCGUCCGGAGCCUUUCCCCUCCUCUGCUCGGAGUUGUGGUUGCCCAAGCAGGACGCCAGUCAGCGUCGUUGCCAAUCUGCGAGUAAACAACAACCAAACAGAGAGAAAAAUAUGAAGCUAAAUUAAUUGUUUCCAUGUUUCUACUCUCCAAGCCUGCAGUUCCUCCGAGUCACAAAGAACCCGGAAACUUCCCUCCACAUUAUAGUAUAUAUGACUGACUAGGAUAUUGAAGAAGAGAUCAAGGUACAAAGAAAUUGAAAAACAGAAGCCAUCAUGGAAUGCACUGCAAAAGAAAACGAAGAUAGCACCACUGCUAAUGAUGUUGGCAUUCUGUCCAGAAUAGGACUUAAUGAUAACAAAGCUGGAAUGGGAGGUUUGGAUAAAGAAAAAAUUAACAAAAUAAUAAUGGAAACUUCUAAGGGAUCGAGAUUCUAUGAAAAUGAACAAAAGAAGGAACAACAGGUGAAUCAACGUAUUGAGAAAAUGUUGCAGCAGAAAAUGCAGAUUACAGAGCAUCAGCUAAAGAAGCGUCAGCAGCAGAUGGAUCGAAUUGUGAUUGAAUUAAAGAAGAACCGUGACCUUAGUCACACAAUUGUACAUAUUGACAUGGAUGCAUUUUAUGCUGCUGUGGAGAUGAAGGAUAACCCAGAACUGAAAGACAAACCCAUGGCUGUUGGAUCAAUGAGUAUGCUGUCAACAUCAAAUUAUCAUGCUCGGAAAUAUGGAGUACGUGCAGCUAUGCCUGGGUUUAUUGCUAAGAAGCUGUGUCCAAAUUUAACUAUUGUUCCAGCACACUUUGAUAAGUAUCGAGCAGUAAGCAAAGAGGUACGAGAGAUAAUGGUAGACUAUGACCCCAAUUUCCUACCAGUAAGUCUUGAUGAAGCCUACCUGGAUAUAACAGAGCAUUUAGAACAAAGAGAGAAUUGGCCAGAACACAAAAGGACAUAUUACUGCCAUGGAGAAGCAAAAGAAAACAUGGAUAGUUUACAGCUAUGCAAUGAAGAUGUGGGAAAUAUGGGAGAUAUUUCACCUAUACUUUUCAAGGAUAGCCCUCCCAUGUUGUCACAGCAGGAACCAGUUCACAGUGCAGUGCAACAGACAGAUGCUAGUCUGCAAAGCAAUGAAAAAGAAUCAUACCAGCAGGAGAAAGAGCCAAUUGUGUUUGGUAUUACAGCAGAGGAGGCUGUUAAAGAACUGCGCUUCAGAAUUGAACAGAAGACAAAAUUAACAGCAAGUGCAGGAAUUGCGCCAAACAUGAUGUUGUCCAAAGUGUGCAGUGAAGUAAACAAGCCAAAUGGUCAGUAUCAAAUUCCAGCAGACAGUGAUGCUGUGCUGAACUUCGUAAAGAAUAUGCCUAUUAGAAAGGUACCUGGUAUAGGAAAGGUAACAGAAAAAAUGCUGAAUGCAUUAGGAAUUACAACAUGCACUGAACUGUACCAGCAGAGGGCCUUGCUGUCCUUGUUGUUCUCUGAGAGUACCUGGUACCAUUUUUUACAGAUCUCACUUGGUCUGAGUGAGACACACCUUGAAAGAGAUGGUGAUCGGAAGAGUAUGAGCACAGAAAGGACUUUCAAUGAAAUCAGUGAGGCAUCGGAGCAGCUCAGCUUAUGCCGUGAACUUUGUCAUGAUCUUGAGGAAGAUCUCCACAAGGAGGGACUAAGGGGGAAGACUGUAACUCUAAAAUUGAAGAAUAUAAACUUUGAAGUGAAGACAAGAGCCUGUACAGUUCCAUCGGCUGUUUCUAAGGAAGAAGAAAUUUAUGCUGUUGCAUCUGAAUUACUGAAGACUGAGCUUGAGAACCUACAUCCUCAGCCAUUGAGACUCAGACUUAUGGGUGUACGAAUUUCUGGGUUUGUCCAUCAGGAUGAGAAAAAACCUCCCCAGAAAAGCAUCAUCAAUUUUUUCCAAACUGGAAAAUCUGAGACCCCGAUUUGCAGCUCUGAUUUUGAGUGCGUAGACAUGAAGAACCCAACAGAACUAGCAGAAACAUCCAAAGGAGAAAGUUUCUUCAAUAAAAAGCGACAGCAAAAUAGCCAGGUUCUUGCAGUCAAACAACAAGAAAAGUGCACACCUGCUAUAACGCCCCCAGCUUGCACAGUGGAUGAUAUGCAGCCCAAGGAUGGUGGCCUGAUUCUAGCGUUAAAGGCUGAUAAGUGCCAAAAAUGUUUAAAAAGAGUAGGUAUAUCAACUUCAGAGGAAUUGAGGAACCAUAUUGAUUGUUGCCUAUGUGUAACAGUAGGGGAAGCAAAGGCAAGCUGUACAAUCAUGAAGGACGCAUGUAUCUUGGACACUAAUUUUAAAAAUGAAAAAAUAACGGAUCCAUAUGAACAAAAAGGAACAGAACAUCAGGAGAGCUGCUCAGAAAUGUAUCCGAGAAUUACGGAUGUAGAUUUGCAUGGAAGGAUUGAAAAUAACAGCUUUAAUGGUGAAUCAUUAGUUAAAAACAUUACCUGUCCGAUUGUACAAUCUAGUAACCAGACUUGUCUUAAAGAUCACAUGCAGCCAUCUAAUAGAUCUCUGACACUCAUUAAAGAUAAACGUAUUUUAGAAGAAGAAUUUUCAGACCACUGCAAUUUCUCAGUUAUGUCUGGUAAAGAUACUCAUUCAAUUCAGCUGGAUUUAACUAAAUCUAAUACGAGCAGGUUAGAUUACCCAUUGUUUACACAACUCAACCUGUCAAAACUGGGUCCUCAGCAACAGUCAGCCCAGGCAGUACGGCAUGCUACAUCGUUAAAAGGAAGGUUGUCUUCAGAGUCAGCAGAACCAACUGGUCUGGUAUGUCCAGUUUGCAACAUUAGGCAAGAAACAACAGAUCUUUCAUUGUUCAACGGGCAUGUUGAUAUCUGCCUAAAUCAAGGGGUUAUACAAGAGCUUACUGAAAGAUCAACACACCUAUUUUCCAAUGACUGCACUUCAAAGGAAGUAGGUCCAUCAGAAAUUGGAAAGGGAUCUUCAAAUUCAUUUGUUCGAACCAAAAGGACUGGAUCAACAGCCCAGCAGCCAAUAACUAAGAAAGCGAGGUGCAAUAGUUCCAUAAACACAAUUGACAGAUUCUUUAAAUGAAAAGCUGCAAUGUAACAAAUAUUUGAUUUUAUUUCACUUUGAAUUGCCUGUAAUAUAAAUGUAAGCAAGCACUUUUGUUGAAGUAUUUAAUAGAUUCUACAGAUCAGCGACUUUACAUUGAUUAGGUUGUUAAAGAAUUGUUCAUCACAUAGUUAAGUCAGACUUCAAAUGUCCAUACCUUCAUCAAUAAUGUAUAACUAACUUUAUCAACUGAAUUUAAUUGUAAUAAAUGAAUCUAUGAAAUACUAUUUACAAGAAACAGUACAAAUUUGAAAUAAAGAAUAUAAUUAGGCUCUUAUAUCAUGUAAUAUGCAAAAAUUGUAAAAAAGCUCUCUAUUUCAGAGUAAUAUAUUUUUAAAUUCUAUAUGUUUAGUAUGAUUAAUUGUUAAUAUUUUAUAAGCUAUUUAUGAAAAUAUAUAAAACUAUAAUUGAAUUAUUUUAAUGAAAGUUUUUAAGUAUUUCUAUCAGUGAAACAGUACUUCUUGGUUGACGUGGUGAGAUUUGGUUCUGUCCAGCCUUAUUCAUAUAUACCAUUAUUUGCAUUAAAAUCUGCAUUAUCUGCAUUUGCAUGUUCAGUUUUUCUGGAUCUGUUUUAAUGUACCUAGUCAUCUGGUGAAACAUUUACUAAUAAUGUGACAUCUUGUUCUAAAACAUUUAUUUGUUAGCAUUAGCAGUUAUACUGCACACAGAGAGGCCCUUUGAUAAACAAAUUACUUGCUUUAUUUUCUCAGUUUAAGUGCUUUAUUUAGCUCAAUAAGCUGAGGAAUAGCUUGCAAAACAGAAAAUAUUGCAAACUAGUGGUAGUUGGCCAUUUGACCUGUGCCUACCUUGCCAUUCAGUACAAUUGUGUCUGAUCUCCUAUGUCAAUACCACAUUCCCAUUCUCUCCCAAUACACCUUGAUGCCAUGAUUAGAAAUCUUUCCAUCUCCUUCAGUACAUUCAGUCAGAAAUGAUUUGCACCACUUCCUGAGCUAAUGACCAGAGUAUUAGGCCCCUCCUUCACCAACGUCAUCGUCAGAAACAGCCUCCCUGCACCAAGCACGUCAUUCCUUGUCAGAGUUGUGCAUGUUUCAGUGUAAUCCCUGCCCAUUCUCAUUUUUAGGGAAAAUAGGUUUUGGUAGCUUAAUCUCUCCCUGUAUGAUUGUCCCUCUAUCCAAAAAACCAUUCUGGUGUACAUUCACUGCACCACCUCUGGCAAUAUAUUAUAUAAGUAAGAACAGCAAAACUGCAGCUGCAGUGUCACCAAAGCGUUUUACAAUUAUUGUAAAAUGGUUCUGUGCUAGUUUAUUUCUGUUUAAUACUGAUCACCCCAAAAAUAGACAGUGUACCAAUGCACCCAAAAUUACUGUUGUUGCAAAAUAGAAAAAUAUAUUGAAAAUUGUUCAAGAGGAGAAAGUGAAUAUAAGAUGUUCAAAUGUGAAGGACUUACUUUUACAUUGUAAAUUUCACAGCUUCAAUUAGUGUGACCUCCAGUGUUCUUUAUCUCCAGCACUACUUUGAAAAUGAAUGAUAUUUAGGAAGUUGGUAGCUGAUGGGCAUACUUGCACAAGCUGCCACAAAAGUGAAAUGUAAUAUUCAGCUAAUAUUUUGUGGUGUUUGUUUUAUUAAGAAACUAACAUUGAUCAGGACAUAAGGGAUACCUUUUUUUUAAGGCAAUGAGAUCAUUUCCACUAUCUGAGAGAACAGAUGAGACUUAGUUUAACAAUUCCUCAGAAGGAAUCCAUCACUAACUCCUUUGCUGCAGUGGAAUUUUGGACAAGAUUUUGAAUUGGAUUUCUAAUGUGAUCUUGAACCCAAAAAAUCAGACGU